CUGUUCCUUCUUUUUUGAACGAAAAAUUGUCUGUUCCUUGUAUGCUUUUUUCCGAUCAGAAGCACUUGUACUAAAAGCGCUCCUACUCUUCACGGGCACAGGGCACUUAUAUCUGGCCGAUGCUAAAAAUAUCCCGACAAACCUAACUUAAAACUAGCUAAGUACUCUUAACGAGACUACCUUCGUCCCAAAUAGAUCAACGCUAACCUCUGGCCGCUCGCUUCUCCUCCCAUGUUCGAGUCGAUGCAACGCCGCCGGCUCACUGCCGGCCGUUGCUCCGUGCCUCUGUCGCGGAUUCAUAGCGAUGCAGUUCCCAGGAUUUCCAUCAGCACCGGCACAACGCCUCCAGGCUCACAGUUUCAUGGCGGCACCGGCACAACGCCUCCAACCCUUCACGACUUGAUGGGAUCUAUCAAGAACAAAUCGAUCAUCUUAUCAAAGGUUAUGCCAAUCUCGUUGACCUCAUCCAACCCAUGAAGUCUUUCAACUGGAAGAAGAUGAAAGGCCCUAAUUUUUUGGUAGUGGCUAUACAGAAGAUGGAAGACCCUACUGAGUGUUCCAAGUUAUAUCUAUUAGAGCUGCGUUUGGAGUCUCGUAUCUGUUAGUUUCCAUUGUUAUUGGUACAAAUGAUUCUUCUUUUAAGACUUAAGUUCUUCAUUUAAAACAACUCCACCCUCCAUGAUACGUUUGUUUGUCAAGCAUAUGUACAAGCAUUCUUGAGGGAAAUGGGCAGCUCAAUGGGUGGUGGCCUCAUGGAAGUUUCCGGCCUGAUUUCAGGGUUACACUGCUUCACUACUGGUACUGAUAAUGGAAAACACUGCCUGGCUGAGUUUGGGGGUGAGAUCUGGUGGUGAUUAUGGUGGUGGUUGUGGUGGAGCCUAUGGAAAUGGAUCUGAAAACACUACUUACUAUGAUGACUAAGGUGGAUGAGAGAGAGUCACUAUACUCCACACCAAGUUGGAGAUGUUAUAAAUAUCAUAAACAGAACUACUCUUCAUCUCUUAUGGUGUGCUCACAGGUUAUUGAUCAUGUCAACAAAAACAAGAGACAUAACACAAGCAUUCUCAUUCGACACCUUGGAUCAUCUGGAACUUCAAAGAUUCUUAUAGAUGCUGGAAUGUUCUACCAUAGCUGCUUGAGAUGGUUUCGUCUUUAUGGAUUUUUCUAUACAAGCAUUGAAGAUCAAAUGAUGAGGAUUGGUUUUGGAUCAAUGUAAUAAACUAAUAAAUAAUGGAUAUCUUGAAUCCUUGAUACUUUUUGCUUAGUUUAACUUUAUGGAUUAAAAGUAGUAUGAUUCCAGCAUUGUUUGGUCAUUGUGAUGUCAAAGUACCUUUAAUGUUCUUGAAUAAUUUAAUUAUACAUUUUAAUAAAAAACCAUUUGUUCUUUCCAAGUGAUUAGUUUUGUAUAAUCUCUUAUGAAAUUAAUAG